AUGGAUAGGAGAAAUGACUAUGGUUACAGGAUGCCCACGUUCCAGGGCCCUCUGCCUCCCCCUGGGAGCCUGGGGCUUCCCUUUCCUCCAGAUGUACAGACGGAGACCACAGAAGAGGACAGUGUCUUGCUGAUGCAUACCUUGUUGGCGGCAACCAAGGACCCCCUGGCUAUGGACCCACCAGUUGCCAACCGGCCAAAGAAAAGCAAGACCAAGAAGACUCCUGUUAAAGUUGUUACUAAGGUCACACCUGCUGCCCCUCCAGUCCCAUCUGCCAAUGAGAUUGCCACCCACAAACCCAAAAUAACUUUGCAGGCUUUAAACCUGCCAAUCAUCACCCAAAUCAGCCAGGCUUCUGUUACCACUGAGGCAGCCGCUAUUCAGGCUCCUUUAGUCACUGCUCAGCCCAAAAAAGCCAAUAAGACAAAGAGAGUUACUGCCAAGGCAGCCCAGAGUUCUCAAUCCUCAGUUGGCGGUGAGGGUGUCCCUACACAACUUAAGUCACCCUUGCAGGCCCUAAACCUACCAGUUAUGUCACAUACUUCCCAGGCUCCAGGAGACCACGAGGCAGCCAGGGGAGCCAGUGAGGCAGCCAGUUCCCUGACCUUGAUAACCUCCAGCAAGCCUAAGAAAGCUUUCAAGGCUAAGAAGGCUGCCGGUAAGGCCAUGGCUAGUGCCAAUGAGAUCUCACAGGCUCUAACUGCCACCCACUCUGCCACAAUCCAAGGGCAAAUUUCCAGUGAGACAACCAAUGCUCAGGGCACAGUAGCCUCCAUCCGAGCCAAGAAAUCCUCCAAGGCCAAGAAGACAACCUGUAAGGCCACAAAUACUGAAGUUGAGCCUGUGGAGGCUCCGCUUAUCACCGAGGCAGCAAGUAGGCAGAUUGAGAGCUCAGCAGCAGCUAUCCGGCCCAAAAAACCCAAAAGCAAGAAGGCUGCCACUAAGGGCUUCAGUUCCGCCUGUGAGAUCUCUGAGGCCUUGCCUACCACUCAUGUGGUCACAAACCAAGCCUUAGCAGCCACCCUUCGAGUCAAGAGAGGGUCUAGGACUCGGAAGGCUGCUGCUAAGGGUCGGCCACUUGAAAGCCAGACUCCAAUUGCUGCCCAAGGGACCCGUGCCAAGAUGGCCACGUCUCAGACCAGCAUGAGUGCUCUUGAGACUCAGGUCGCUGCUGCUGUCCAGGCCCUGGCAGAUGACUAUCUGGCUCACUUGAGUCUGGAGCCGGCAAACAGGACCCGAAGCAAGAGGAACCGAAAGUUCAAACAUCCGAACGGGGAUGAGAGAAGUGGGAGUAAUUUCAGGCGGAUUCCAUGGGGCCGGAGGCCCUCGCCCCCCCGAGAUGUGGCCAUCUUGCAAGAAAGGGCAAAUAAGUUGGUGAAAUACCUGUUGGUUAAGGACCAGACGAAGAUCCCCAUAAAGCGUUCAGACAUGCUGAAGGAUGUCAUCCAAGAAUACAAUGAAUAUUUCCCAGAGAUCAUUGAACGGGCAAGCUACGCUCUGGAGAAGAUGUUUCGCAUUAAUCUGAAGGAAAUUGAUAAGCAAAGUAGCUUGUAUAUUCUUAUCAGCACUCAGGAAUCAUCUGCAGGCAUAUUGGGAACGACCAAGGAUACACCCAAGCUGGGUCUUCUUAUGGUGAUUCUGAGUGUCAUUUUUAUGAAUGGCAACAAGGCCAGUGAGGCUGUCAUCUGGGAGGUGCUGCGCAAGUUGGGGCUGCGCCCUGGGGUGAGACAUUCGCUUUUCGGGGAAGUGAGGAAGCUCAUCACAGAUGAAUUUGUGAAGCAGAAAUACCUGGAGUACAAAAGAGUCCCCAACAGCAGACCACCUGAGUAUGAGUUCUUCUGGGGUUUGCGCUCCUACCAUGAGACCAGCAAGAUGAAAGUCCUCAAGUUUGCGUGUAAGGUGCAGAAGAAAGAUCCCAAGGACUGGGCUGCUCAGUAUCGGGAGGCGGUAGAGAUGGAAGUCCAAGCUGCAGCUGUGGCUGUGGCUGAGGCUGAGGCCAGGGCAGAGGCAAGAGCGCAAAUGGGGAUUGGCGAGGAAGCUGUGGCUGGGCCCUGGAAUUGGGAUGACAUGGAUAUCGACUGCCUAACCAGGGAAGAGUUAGGCGAUGAUGCUCAGGCCUGGAGCAGAUUCUCAUUUGAAAUCGAGGCCAGAUCCCAAGAAAAUGCAGAUGCCAACACCAACAUCGACUUCAGCAGGGGAGCUAGCACCAGGGUUAGUUUCAGCGAUGGUGCUGGUGUUAGCUUCAAUGAUGCACCCAGUCCCAGUGGUGGUUUAAGUGGCGGAUCUGGCAUUACCUUUGGUGGUGCCCCCAGCACCAGUGCCAGCUUCAGCAGUGCAGCCAGCAUUAGCUUUGGCAGCGUACCCAGCACUAGUAGUACUUUUACGGCCAGCAUUAGCUUUGGUGGCGCACCCAGCACUAGUACUAGUUUUAGCAGCACAGCCAGCAUUAGCUUUGGUGGGGUACCCAGCACUAUCACUAGUUUCAGUGGUGGAGCCAGCAUUACUUUUGGUGGUGCACCUUGUACUAGUGCCAGCUGCAGUAGUGGAGCCAACUCUGGCUUUGGAAGCACACUCAGUACCACUGUUGGCUUUGGUGGUGCACUUACCACCAGCACUACCUUCAGCAGCGCACCCACCAUGAGCACGGUCUUUAAUGAGGCUCUUAGCAGCAGCACUGGCUUUGGAGGUACACUCAGCACCAGUGUCUGCUUCGGUGGUUCUCCCAGUUCUGCUGCCAGCUUUGGUGGCACACUCAGUACUAGUAUCUGCUUUGGUGGCUCUCCUAGUACUAGCACUGGCUUUGGUGGUACACUCAGCACCAGUGUCUCCUUCAGUGGCUGUUCCAGCACGAGUGCUGACUUUGGUGGUACACUCAGCACUAGUGUCUGCUUUGGUGGCUCUCCUGGCACCAGUGUGAGCUUCGGUGGUGCACUUAGCAGUGCAGGCUUUGGCGGUGCACUCAACAGCAAUGCCAGCUUUGAUGGUGCACUCAACACGAGUGCCGGUUUUGGUGGUACCAUCAGCACCAAUGCAGGCUUUGGCAAUGCACUCAACCCAAAUACCGGUUUUGGUGGUAUACUCAACAGCACUACUGGCCUUGAUGGCGCACUCAACAUAAAUGCUGGUUUUGGUGGUGCUGUCAGCACCAGUGCCAGCUUUGGUGGCACGCUCAACACCAGUGCUGGCUUUGGCAGUGCACUCAACAACAAUACUGGUUUUGUGGGUGCUGUGAGCACCAGUGCUGGCUUUGGUGGUGCACUCAGCAGUGCUGGCUUUGGCAGUGCACUCAACACAAGUCCUGGUUUUGGUGCUGCCAUCAGUACCAGUGCCAGCUUUGGUGGUGCACUCAAUUCCAAUGCUGGUUUUGGCAGUGCCUUCAGCACCAGUGUUAGCUUCAGUGGCACACCAAGCACCAACCCUGGCUUCGGCGGUGCAUUCAGCACCAGUGCUGGCUUCAGUGGGGCACUUGGCACCACUACUGACUUUGGUGGUACUCCCAGCAACAGUAUUGGCUUUGGUGGUGCUCCCAGCACCAGUGUCAGCUUUGGUGGUGCUCACAGCACCAGCCUCUGUUUUGGUGGCGCUCCCAGCACCAGCGUCUGCUUUGGCAGUGCAUCUAACACCAAUCUAUGCUUUGGUGGCCCUCCUAGCACCAGUGCCUGCUUUAGUGGUGUUACCAGUGCCAGUUUUAAUGAUGGACCCAGCACCAGUGCUGGUUUCAGCUUUGGCAGUGGGCUAAGCACCAGUGCUGGAUUUGGUGGACUGAACACCAGUUCUGGCUUUGGUGGCAGCCUGGGCACCAGUACUGCCUUUAGUGGUGGCUUAGGCACCAGUACUGCCUUCGAUGGCAGCCUAGGCACCAGUGCUGGCUUCAGUGGUGGACUAAGCACCAGUGCUGGCUUCAGUGGCGGACUAAGCACCAGCACUGGCUUCGGUGGCGGACUAGGCACCAGUGCUGGCUUUGGUGGCGGACUGGUCACCAGCGAUGGCUUUGGUGGUGGACUAGGCACCAAUUUUGGUUUUGGCAGCACACUUGGCAGCAGUGCUGGCUUUAGUGGUGGCCUCAGCACCAGCGAUGGCUUUGGCGGUGGGCCUAAUGCCAGCUUCGACAGAGGACUGAGUACCAUCAUUGGCUUUGGCAGUGGUUCCAACACCAGCACUGGCUUUACUGGCGAGCCCAGCACGAGCGCCGGCUUCAAUAGUGGACCCAGUUCUAUUGUUGGCUUCAGCGGUGGACCAGGCACUGGUGCUGGCUUCUGCAGUGGACAAGGCACCAGUGGUUUUGGCGGUGGACCAAGUACCAGAGCUGGCUUCAGCGGACUGAGCACCGGAGCUUGUUUUGGCAGUGGACCAAAUAGUGUUGGCUUCGGCGGUGGACCAAGCCCUGGUGCUGGAUUCGGCGGUGGACCAAGCACCAGCACUGGCUUUGGUGGUGGAGCCACCAGCCUUGGUGCCUGUGGCUUCUCCUAUGGCUAGUGAGGUUUCAGGUUUAUUCCCCAUGUUUUCAGAAACCGCUAAUGAACUAUAGCAGAACUUCCCAAGGAGCUAAGUAACAGCUUUGAAAUUUUUGUCCACACAGCAAUCUAAACAGCUGCUACCAAUCGGCUGAGGGUGACACGCUAUGAAAAAUCUGUUUGCUGUUCCUGCUUUACUGUUCGCUUUCUGUGUGCUGUCAUAUUUUGGUAUCCAAGUGACAUUAAAUUUGCAAAAUGAAA